UACUAACGUUGAAAUACGAUUUAUUUGUACAAACACUGUUAUCAAUCCAUUUAUUCAGUUCAUAAAUAAUUGUUGCUCGAUCGUCUAUCAAAAUGGUGCGCUGGGUAUUCGUAAUCUUACUAAUAGUCGGUAUUUUAAAAGUGUCUUCAUCCGAAAAUCUUUACGAUGAUCAUUUAUAUCAAAGUGUAUUGGACAAUGUAACUUGCCAGCGACAUUUACAAGAAAUGCAAUCUUUUCCAUUUUUUGAUGCCAGCGGCGGGAUCCCCCAGAGCAUCACGCUCGGUGGCCAAGGGAGUCUCGGCAACUACCAUCAAUGUCUCUCAAUCACCCAGCAAAUCCCAAACGACACGAUCAUCGGGAAAUACUGCAUGAUCGGAGUUCCCUUACAGCAGAGCGGCUUGAGCCCCCCUGCUUUCGAUCCUGGUGCUAUAUUAGGAUUAAACAGAACUCUUUUUGAGCUGAUUAAUAUGGACGAGAACGGCACUGAUAUUGAGAAAGUACUUCAGUUUGAGAGAGCUGUGAGGGUCGUUUUGGGACAUGGUAAUUUCAGAGCUUUGCCACCAGGCACUCAAGGCGGCUUGGAAGUAAAAGUGGCAGUCUGUUUACCAAGAAGCUGUACAACAUAUGAGGCAAUUGGGCGGUACACAGAUAGGCUGAAUGUGUCUUACAGCGACCAGUAUUGCCGACUGCCCGGGGACAAGGUUUUCUCGACAGUGGAUUAUAUUGGAGUAGUUACAAUAGUGAUUUUGGGAACGCUUACUGCUAUAAGUACUACUUACGAUUUAUACAUCACGUUCUUCCUUGAAAAAGCUCCUGCUGAAACAAACAAGCUUCUAACGAGCUUCUCAGUAUACACAAACACACGUCGUUUGUUCACGUUUUCUAAGUCCCCGGGGUCCAUCGAUUGCUUGGACGGCAUGCGGUCUCUUUCGAUCCUUUGGGUAGUUAUCGGACACACAUUUACAAAUAUCUUCUCUGGAACCACUAUCAAUUUAUUGGAUGCGUUUAAGUGGACUUCCAGUUCAAAGGCUACGUGGUUUACAGCUGCAGUGCUAUCUGUGGAUACCUUCUUCAUGAUGAGCGGUCUUUUAGUUGUCUACACGACUGUAAAGAAAAUGACGCCAAUGUCACUAGUGAAAAACAUCCACCUGUUCUACCUCCACCGCCUGUUGCGAAUGUUCCCGUUGCUGGCUGCAGUGGUGCUAUUCCAAGCGUCUCUGUUCCAUCAUAGCGCGGACGGACCCAACUGGCCUACACUGUCCAGCAGCAUACAGAACUGUCGGGAUUGGUGGUGGUCCGCGCUACUGCAUGUGCAGAACUACGUCAACGUGACUGAGAUUUGCCUCGACCACACUUGGUAUCUCUCUGUGGACACGCAGCUUCAGAUAUUGUCGCCACUGGUGCUGUUCUGGGUUCUUCGAGGCCGUCUUUCCGCUUGGAUUGGCCUGGCCUGUGGCCUCGCGGCUUCCAUCAUCUGUACAACCACUUACACUUAUAUUAAGAGCUAUACGGCAGUAUCUAUGUUGGGCUUUGGUUCGAACAUAGGUUUAAUAUCGGAUUACUUCAAGCACUACUACGUCAACACCCUGACUAGAUCGCCGCCCUUCGUCGUCGGCAUGCUCUUGGGCUACCUACUUCACGUUUGGCGUGAAAGUCCAAGGAGAAUACCUAAGUGGCUCCUAGCAGCUGGUUGGUUGUCCGCCCUCGCCAUCGGUUCUGGCAUGAUAUACUGCAACAACCCGGCUGUGGAGUUUACGCAAUUCUGGGCGAAUUUCCUCAACUCCUACAUGCGGGGGCUCUGGGCGAUGGCUGUGGGCUGGGUCGUGUUUGCCUGUGCAGCAGGAUAUGGAGGGCCCAUAAACUGGUUCCUAUCCUUAACGAUGUGGAAGGUUCUUGCUCGCAUAUCCUACGCCUUGUAUUUGAUCCACUAUCCGAUACAAUUCAUUAUUCGAGGGCAGAGUGAGGUGCCUUACAUGUUCAGCUUGAGAAACGUGUUCUACCUGUUUUACACGGACAUUUCACUGUCGCUGAUGCUGGCGAUUGCUCUGUGCGUGCUCGUUGAUGCUCCUUUCUCCACUAUACAGAAAAUUUUACUACAAGGAAAAUCAAAACAACCGCCUACUAAUGGACAUCCACCUCCUAAUGGAGUAUCCUCAUCCACCGAAGUAUUAGUAACAGUUAACAAAUAAGUUUAUGCUUUAAUUUUACGAUAAGUCUACGUUAACAUUAUUAUGAUUGUAUUGUUGUCCUACUGUUAGUUUGUAGAACCUUAUUCAUGUAUGUACUUAUCUAUUUAAUAGAGAAGAUGUAUCUCCUCAUUAUAGAGAAAGUAAUCUAUUUAAAGUAAA